CCAGCCACAUCAUAUGAGAGCUGAAAACACAGGCCUUUCAUAAUCACCGCAGAGGAGAGUAACCUACAGUGCCUUACAGGAGAGAGUCUUAGCAGGAAGUCAGUCGUUUGUGGGUAGUUGUGGGUACUCAUGGCAUCGUCAGACCACCAAGGAAACAAGGACCCCACAAACACAGAUGGGACGCCGUCCCCUGGCACAUCUUGCCCCGUCCACAGCCACGCUGCUGAAGAAGCGAAGCGGAACAGCUUGAGGAAAGCCCUGGUCAGACAUCGAGACUAUGUCAAAAUCUCCGUGCCUGAAGGAAAGGGCAACCGAUUGCCGUCGGAAUGGUGGAAGACGUUCAUCGCUUUGUUUUAUGCUGUUUUGAACCUGGUUUUGACCACGGUUAUAAUCACAGUGGUCCAUGAGAGAGUACCACCCAAGGAGAGCAGCCCACCUCUGCCGGAUAAGUUCUUUGACUAUAUAGACCGCGUGCAGUGGGCGUUUACAGUGACUGAGGUCAAUGGAAUGGUUCUGGUGUCUAUAUGGUCCAUUCAGUUGCUCUUUCACAGAUACAAGGCUAUUAUAGCAAGACGAUAUUUCUUCCUUUUGGGCACAUUGUACAUGUAUAGAUGCAUAACCAUGUACGUCACCACUCUACCCGUGCCUGGCAUGCACAUGGUCUGUGCACCAAAGCUCCAAGGAGAUUCCCAGGCAAAGCUGCAGCGUGUUCUGCAGUUGCUCUCUGGUGGUGGAUUAUCAAUCACUGGAUCUCAUCUGUUGUGCGGCGACUUCCUCUACAGCGGCCACACUGUCAUUCUCACACUCACGUACCUCUUCCUCAAGGAGUAUUCUCCUCGUUCUUUCUGGUGGUACCAUCUUCUGUGUUGGUUAACGGCUGCUGUGGGUGCCGUGUGUAUCCUGGUGGCCCAUGAGCACUACAGUGUGGAUGUGGUGGUGGCGUAUUUCAUCACCACCCGACUGUUCUACUGGUAUCACACUAUGGCUAAUCUGCAGACUUUAAAGUGUUCUCCGAACAACUACCUCACUCAUACAUGGUGGAACCCCGUUUUUAACUUCUUUGAGAGGAACAUUCAGACCCAAGUGCCCUGUUCUUUCUGCUGGCCGAUCACAUGGCCGCCUGCCUGUCUGAAGAACCCCUGUAAGAAAUAUUCCAUGGUGCAGUGA